AUGCCACGUAAGCUACGUAAGAAUAUACGUAAGAGGAAGAGAGCAUUGAAACAUCCAAUAGUAAAACUGACACCACAACAACAGUUGCAACAACAAAUGCUGAAUGACCCCACUAUGUUGCAACAAAUGUCAAGCAAUCCUAUGCUUUUAAACCGAGUUGUUGGUGCACAGAGUGGAGGUUUAAGAGCGGCACUUUUAGCGAAAAUGGCAGGCUAUGGUGGAGCUGCAGACGGAACAGCAUAUAACCCUCAAAGUCAAAUGAAUUUGAGUUCACUCAAAAAUCAAAUAACAGAUGUCAAAAAGUCAAACAUAGACAUACAGAAGCAAAUAGGUGAAAACGAAAAGAAACUAGAAUAUGACAGACACACAAAGAAACUCAAUGAGUUAAACGUAGAAAAAAAGAAGAAAGAAGAACAACUGAAAGAACUAAGUACAGAGGAAUAUGCGAAAAAAGUGUCAGAAAAAGCAACAGAAGUAGCAAAAAUGGAACAAGAUGUCAUAAAUUUGAAAAACCAUACUACUCAAUAUAAAGUACUGAAAGAUGAAGAGAUAAAACAAAAAGCCCUGAAGACAUAUAUGGAAAGCGAUGAGUAUAAAAAAGAAGUUGAAGCAAAUGUAAAGGCAGAAAAACUUUUACAGUUGCAAAACCAAACCGUACAGUAUGAAAACUUAGCACAAGAAAGUAAAAAUAACGACGCGGCUAUGCAAAAGGCAAUGAAAAGCGCAGAAUAUAUAAAAGCUAACAAUGACUGGUUAGAUGCCCAAGCCAACGCUAAAGCAGCCCAGCUUAUAGGGUCAAUAAGGACAAAAAUACAAGCGGAUGAAGAUAGUUCAAAUGAAGCUUUAAC